CAGCACAGAUGCACACCAUGCCUACAGCCCUCUCUGUUGGUGCAGAGGCAUUGUAAACGGCAAAAGAAGAAGAGAGAGAGAGAGUGAGGGAAAGAAAAAAAAUGCAUCGGCGAUGAACGCUUUGGAGUUGUACACGGCGAAAUGCAUGCUCUCGGACAAGUGGGAAGAUGUAAUGUGUUCGUCUUAAAAGGGAAGCCGUGUGCGAUUAGGAGGCGAAAUAUCGCUCUGCUAGCUGUUGGUAGUUUUACGACGGGCAGCAGUCGGUUUGCGUCUUAUGUAACUAACGGCCUGAGCGGCGUCGGUAAGGAAAGAGGGAUCUGCUGAAUGAGAGAGAGGGAAAAGAGCAGCACCGCUUUGAAUUCACAUGGCAAUUUACAUUUAGGUUAGGACACCCAAACGCCACACAAAUACAAAUUGGGGGGCUACCGGGGGAACCGCUCUGAUUUAAGACUGAGUUUGAAGCCAGCAACAAGGGGACGUGGAGUGACUUAGUCGCCUCAAGUAGGUUGUUAAGAUGAUAGUGGACUCUGACAACCAUGACUGAGGACCUUAACCAGAAUUGAAUUACGAAAAAACAAAAAAACUAAAAUAAAGGACCGGACAGCAAACCUGACAGCUUGCAUACGCAGAACACACAUUUGAUCAAACUCAAAGCUGUAAUGGCCAGCUGUUAAGCGUACGAGGGGGGGCAACAGCCGUGGACUAAAAGUAGCUGAUGCGACUCACAGUUGAAGACCUUCACAAGCAAAAGUCAAAGAAGCCGAAGAAUUUCAGCGCGGAUGCUCAAGGACCUCUGAGGAGUUGUGUGGACCUGAUUAAGAAAUGGAAGGAUACUAGUGCUGGCCUGACACCUGGUUUCUGCUUUCCAUUACGCUGUGGAGUACAGAAGGCCAGUAGCCGAACUGCGCUGCUGGACGGACCGCUGCGGCGCAGGGUUAAACCGAGCCAUUUCAAAAGAACCGAUGCCAAAGCCAGGAGCCAGCCAUGAUGUUUAUAUAACCCGAUGAUCAGCAGAGAUUGCAACCUCCGCUACAGAACAGCACCCCUGGGACUGAAAUGGUGAGGAAGAAGAAUCCCCCUAUCCGGAGUGUGGGAGGCGAGGAGGAAGAGGAAGAAGAGGGAAAGAGGCCAGCGGGAGAAGAGGAAGAAGAAGGUGAGGAGGAAGGGAGAGUGGGAGCAGAGGCCGAACGAAUAAACCGACCCUCCGAGCCGGAAUCCUCCGAGCGGGUCAGAGGAGAUGAGGAGCAGCAGGAGGAGGAGGAGGGGGGAGAGAGCGAGUGCAUUUCCUCGUCUGUCUCUCCCUCGUCUGUCGGCGAUCGCUACGGUAAUGAGGAACGAGGGGGGAGGAGAGGAGGAGGCAGGGGAAGGGCAAAGCAAGGAGGAGCGGCGCUGACGGACAGGCCGGAGAGCCAGUCGGAGCCUGAGGACGGGGACAGAGCGGUAGAAGAAGGGGAGAGAAGCGACAGAGAAAGGGGGGAGGCAGAUCAUCUCACCCCUCCUCUCCUCUCUGCCCCGCACCUCCUCCCAAGACAGGAAGGAGGGGAGGAGACCACGACCGAUACCCCUCCGCUUUCCUCCAGCCCCUCUCCUAAACUCCAGGACUUCAAGUGCAAUGUGUGUGGCUACGGUUACUAUGGCAAUGACCCGGCUGACCUGGUGAAGCACUUUCGGAAGUAUCACCUGGGCCUGCACAACCGCACACGGCAGGAUGCUGCUCUGGACACACACAUCCUGGCACUCCACAACAUGGCUCCCCAACACACACCUAUUGACAUACAGGCGGGACAAGGGCAGAGGAGCCAAGCCAAAGACUUGGGGAAGACAAGACCAGAGAUACAGAAUCAGCAGCAUAGGACAGUUAUGAUGAAUGGCACAUAUGACGUACAGGUGACGUUGGGUGGCACCCUCAUUGGAAUCGGUCGGAAGACCUCGGAUUGCCAGGGAAACACAAAGUACUUUCGCUGCAAAUUCUGCAACUUCACGUAUAUGGGCAGUAAUUCCUUGGAACUCGAACAACAUUUCCUUUCCUCGCACCCAAACAAAGUCAAAACACCGCCAACCACACCCCUGCUGACCACAAAUAACCUGGCAACGCACGACAACCAGCUGAAGGGACGGAGUCAAGCCUUAGACGGGGCCGAGCGAGUUGCGGUGCGCGCGGAGGACGACUCUUUGGUCGGGUACUUCAUCCCAGUCAGGUCUUGUUCGGAUUCAUCGGGCUGGGUGGGGGAGGCUGGUCGAGGUGCCGUGCAGACGUAUUAUUGGUGUAAAUUCUGCAGCUGGAGUUGCGAGUGGUCGGGGGGUUCUGCAAAGCUUUUAGAGCACUAUGAGCAAAGACACAAAAUGAACGCCGGUGGUACUACGAGCCCCAACAACUCUAAUCCUGGUGGGAUGGACAGAGAGCGAGAAAGAGGAGGAAGGAGAGAUGGAGGAGAGAGAGACCAAAUGGUAUCAAAAGGCCGCAAAGAUCAGCCAUCCAACCUCUCCACCACCAGCCAAGGAGACCCAAACAGCAGUGAUUCAGAAGCAGUUGUGACCAGUUAUAACUGUCAGUUGUGUGAUUUCCGGUACUCCAUGGCCCACAGUGCGGAUGUGAUCGUAGUAGCACCUUUACUACUGCACUACCAGCAUAACCACUCCAUCCACCGCUGCAGCAUUCAGCACUGCAUGUAUUGUCCACAGGGUCUCUGUCAGCCACAAAAACACCUAGGGGAGGUAUCCCACCCAUUUGCUUGUCGGAAGCCCACCUGCCCCAAAUGCUGUUCAAAGUUCCCUCAACCCGCCAAACAGCAGGACGCCAUUGGUUCAAAACCCGCUGUCACCACCUCACCCAGCGUGACUCCUCCUAAUCCUAGAGGCGACCACAGUGGGAUUUCUGGUUGUACUUUUCACCCCUCUAACCCCGCCCAUCCUGUUGUCACACAAGGCGUCACCCACUUGUGUGACCAGUGUGCAUUUGCUACCACUGACAUUGACGUGUUGCUGCAACACUAUGAAAGCUGCCACAACCUGAUCAACCUAAAGGGGGCUCCCCCACAUGUCAAAGCUGAGGAAGAAGCUGCGGGAGACAAGGAAGGAGGGCGAGGAGGUGCAGGAGAGAGGGAGUACUCAUGUACAAAGUGUCACUUCAUUACAGAAGUGGAAGAAGAGAUUUUUAGACACUACAGGCGUGUCCACGCGUGUUGUCGCUGUCGACGCUGCGACUUCACGGCUCCAGAUUCAUCAGCCCUCCUCGACCAUUUCAACUCAGCUCACUGUCACGACUCCUCUCCCUCGUUAGGCUCAUUCACGACGACCUCCUUGCCCACCUCACUGACUCCUUCCCUAACACUCUCGGCCAAUGGCUGCUCAGCGCCUUCUACUUUAGCCAUUAAAGAAGAGAGCAAAGGGGAUAUCCGCCUCCUCUACUCCCUGGCGCCGCCUGAGGGACGGUUGGCCGAAGGUGGCAGAGAAGAGGCAGGUGGGCUGGUAAAAAGUGAGGGUGGCGAGGAGAAAGAAAGAGAACGGGAAAAGGGCUGGGUUCUUGGUGAGACAAGAGGACUGGGGGAAAGAGGGGGUGAGCAGGCCCACGGCUUACUUUGGGUGCCUAAGGAGCGAAUGGGACCUGAAAGAGGUGCAGGAAGUGGGAGCCCAUCUCUUUUCAACUCCCCACUGUCGCUGUCUUUUGCCAAUCACGAAACCUCACAGCAGAAAAGAGGCGUGGCCUCACCUAGCAUGGUUUACCUGGGAGACACCAAGUCAUUUUUGGGAGAUACAAAGUCCUUUUUGGCAGAUGCCAAGUAUGGAGGAGGGAGACCAGGAUCAACCGCUUCAGGUGGUGCAGGAGCUGGUGAGAAGCAGAGCCAAAUGACCCCCCAGCAGUACACAGGAGGAGGAGGAAGUGCUGGUGGUGGUGGUGGAGGUGGUGGAGGACAGGAAGGGAAAGGAGGAGCCAAUAAAGAGGAAUCCCAGUCCUUGCUAAGGCGGCGCAGAGGUAGUGGAGUUUUCUGCGCUAACUGUCUGACCACCAAGACAUCCCUGUGGAGGAAAAACGCUAAUGGAGGCUACGUCUGCAACGCAUGUGGUUUAUACCAAAAACUCCAUUCGACACCCAGACCUCUAAACAUCAUCAAGCAGAACAACGGUGAGCAAAUCAUCCGCCGUCGAACCCGAAAACGCCUCAACCCCGAUUCGCUUUCGUCUGACAACCCCGCCCCCAAGCAACAACGCAUCACCAGCGAAGAGCGCAUGAACGGGGAGGAAACAGACAGGAGCUGUGCGUCAGUCAAAAACCAGCAGCCUUCCCCUCGCUCACGCUCACCGCGGUCCACGCAAGCCUUUUUGGCCAAUCAAACAUUGGAGAUCCACAGGCGUAUGCCUCCUCUUCUCCUCCCCUCACAUGCCCCCUCCUCAGUGGGAGCGGAGGGCAAUGGCGGUAUCACAGAGGGAGGAAUAACAUCGAAAGCGGAGGGGGGUAAAGGAGGAGGGGGAUCGGAAAGAGGCAGUCCGAUUGAAAAGUACAUGCGUCCGUCCAAACCGUCUAGUUAUUCACCUCCAGGUUCACCCAUUGAGAAAUAUCAGUACCCUCUUUUCUCCUUACCCCUUCCAUUAACCAUUUCACCUGAGUUGACCCCGGAGUCAGAUUGGCUCAGGUUCUGGACCAAGUAUAAGAUGGCAGCCGCCUCUGGGGUUCCUGGUAGCAUCAGUAAUCUAAGCAGCCCCGGGAGCCUUGGAAAUAACGCUCAUUAUCUUAGCGCGAUGGUGACUCCAGUACAGCAUCAUCAGCAAAGCUACACGGUGCCUUACUGCGCCUCUCCCUACUCUCCUCUCCCUCCACCUCCAGCUCCUACUCACUAUCCUCCUCCUCCUCUUCACGUCCAAACCCCUACUUCAUCAUCAUUAGAAAACGAAGCUCCUUUGGAUCUCGCAAUAAGACAAAGAGAUACAAGUGCUGUAAACGCGCACGUGUCCACAAAUGGUGCCGAAAGGCGAAGGCAGGAGUCGCCGCUAACUGACAGGUUAAGAGGGAACUGGAAAGGAGAGAAAGAGGAGGAGGAGGAGAGGACAGACGAAGGAGGGAAUCCAGGUGAGGAGAUAGGGAAGGAAGAAAAAGAAUGUUUGUCAACAUGUCAGUCAAGUGUCCCGUCUAAUCGCAAAAUGGUGGAGGUGGCCACACAGGAUGACCUGACCAAUCGCUGCGUCCACUGUGGGAUCUACUUCAUAGAUGAGGUGAUGUAUGCCCUGCACAUGAGUUGCCACGGUGACAAAGGACCAUACCAGUGCAGUUUUUGCCUCCACGUGUGCGCGGAUCGAUACGAUUUCACCACGCACAUACAGAGAGGCUUACACAGGUACACAGACAAAACGACACAACAGAGAUGUCAAAUGCAAGACGGCAAAAUUCAGAACGCUGCGGGAAUGUCGGAGCACGAGUGUCAAAAUGCGACGGAGGAGGAACGAGAUGAAGACGGUCAUUAUGCGACCACAGGCGAAGGUGAUGUAGUAGAAUCGUGUCAUGACAACCAAGCGAAACAACACACAGGCAGCGAUGGCACUGACAAUGAAACGGAGGCUGAAAAAGAAGCAAAAGGAGAGGACAAUGCCACCACAAACCAGGACUCGGGAGGCAAAAAGGUGUCGCACAUCAGCGAUGACGUCACGAGAAGCUCAGAGGUCACAACUGUUGCUGGCUCUAAAAUAUUAGAUGAGAACACAGAUGGGAAUUAAUUGAUCUCUUUGACUCAUGCAAACCUUUAAGAGCGUUGUUGUUGGAUGAAUAAGCUGUAUGCCUUCAUGUUUCUGGAGGCUAGCUCAUGUCAAAAUGGGCCUAUCCUGGGCACUAAAUGGAACACAUCCUUAUGCUGGAAGCACCCGGCUGUCAAAUGGUCAAAAAUCAUUGUAGGAUCCAGCUGAACUAUAGCAGGGGCAGUUGAAGAAAUUGCCCGAAUCCUCUGCGGAGUGACGGCCACUUGACAGCUCUGUGGCAGGCAUUCAACAACAGGCAUGGAGUUGAAAUCACCUUUAAUAAGCAGGCACUUCAUGCGAUUUCCACAUAAGGGGAUUGGAAGCUGGGCUAAAAGUUGGACUGGUUAUAUUUUGGAUAACUUUUGGGAGCUCAGAACUUGCAUGGCCACCAUAAAGGAGAGCAAAAAAAAAAGAAACUAGAAGCAAAAUAAUUAACCUGAACUGAACUGAGCUGGGCUGAUUACUUAUGCACCAUACUAAAAAAAAAGCUGGUCCAAACUAGUCUAAUGUAUCAUUGAGACAGUUUUAUUUUGGUACAGCCAGAUGUGAUCUGGUUAGGAUUGCUUUGUUCUUGUCCAGAGCAUGUUUUUGAUUGUUUUUUUUUUUUUUUUCUCUGUGCAAAUGGAUCUAAAACCAAAAUUUUUUUCUUUUUUUUGACUAAUUAAAGCUGGUUAGUUUGAAACCAGUUGAUGCUGGGCUGCAGUUGAGUUGGUGUUACCUCGGUAAACAGUGAUCAGUUGGUUUCUUUCACUUAGCCUGUUUUUUCUGAAACUGAUCAAGUUCUUUGUUCUCGGGUUUUGAGUCAGCUGGGACUUUUUCGAACUGCUGAGCCAGUUUGACGUGAUAAAACCGGUUAAACUCCGGACCGAAGUAUUUUCUCUAUCCGUUUGGAUUAAACCAAGUGACAUUAUUUUCUACCUUCCUCUGUGCCAUGAUACUAGCUAUGUGCCUGGCUGCCUGCCCAACAACCAUCUAGUACCCGCUUAACAUUUAUAUUAAUAAUAAUAAUAACGGUAAUAAUAAUGAUGAUGAUGAUGCUAUCGUACAAAAAAAAAAUGCAAUUUGCUACACUUUCAUAUAUAAUAUGGUAUUUUGUAAAGGAAAAUGCUUUUUGCAGGAAAUGGUACUAUAAAAAUUAGCCUAUGUGAGUUUUUUUUCUCUUGUUUUUGAGCUUCUUAAUGAGACUUGUUACAUUUAUAACAGCCGCCUAGUAGAAAUGGUACAACAAGGGAGGGAGGGGGAAGGGGGGGUGUGUGCAUGUGUGCAUUUGUGUAAUUGCAUUUCUACGUGUAAGGAUCAAAGGAUGUGUCCGUCCCCAAAUGAUGAUGUAAACAUAAUGAAGGCUUGCAGUUGGUUUUUCAGUCCUCAGGGGUCACACAUGUUGCACACCAACCCACCUGUUUCAUAGCAUGUGACACAUCAGUUUUACAGUACAUGGCCUAAUUGUGUUAGCAUGUCACAUAUUGUUCUCUUAUGUUCUCUUAUAUAUGUUCUUGUUGUGUUUUUAUGUGUUAAUAGGUCAACAUGGUCUCAGUAUGUAACUUUUUUUUCUAUGUCUACGAAUUGUUAGGUCGCACAGUUUUACAGAAAGACUUAGGAACUUAGGGAGUAAAACCCCAAAUCUUAUCAAAAGGAACAACUGUUUUGAGUUAACUGUAUAAACCUUUGUUCUGUACUGAGUCUACAGACGUUUUUGCCUACAGUGUUUGAUGUCAUAUUACUGAGAGUUUGGUACAACUUAGGUUACCUCUAUGUAGCAUGUUAGCACCUGCGAAAUCUACAAGAUAAGUUGCUUUUUUUUCUAAAGGUGUGAGGUGUUACAUGAAAGACCUAAAUAAUACUGAAAGAACAUGAGAUGACAUUGCAAAGUUAUGUUUUAAUAAUUCAAUGAAGUAAAAGUUUCACGUGGCUUGUAACUCCAUUUGACCCAUCGCACAUUUCGCCAUCAUCAGUGAUUUCGUUGCUGGUUUUUUUGGAACAGUUUCCACAACUGAGUCUUAGUUUAAACCAAAUUUCAUCAGUGAGAAACUUCUAACAGUCAUGUCCUUGAAAGUCCCGCUGUUAUAUCAAAGUGGUGGCCAUCUUGUUUAUUUUUGAUAAAGAUGGGAUGACUUCUCUAGCCGUGUUGCCUUAGUUGCUAGAAAACAACAGCAACAAAAGAAGAAAACACCAACGGACUCUGUUGAAGGACAUAAUAUGUCAACAUAAAAAUAAAAGACAGGAAGGAAUGAGCUAAAGAAUGUGAGGGGGGAAAAAAGCUAUUUUUCUAUGCUUAUCCAAAAAGACAUGAAUGACGAAUAUUCCACCUAGUGCCUGGUAACUUGUACCACUUUUCAAAUCAAUAUGUUUUGUUGUCUGCAUUAAAAAUGUUAUGUAA